AUGGCGGGCGACGGGCGGCGGGCGGAGUCGGUGGUUGAAGGGUGGGGGCUGCACGUGACACCCAGGGCCCCCCUGCGGGAGGGGAGGCGCCGGCUCGCCCCGGAACUGGGAGGCCGCAGUGACGCACCGGCGCACGCAACGCCGUCGCCUUCGCCGACGCGCCACGCCCGGCGGGAAGUGAGGUUUUCGGAAGAGCCGCCGGAAGUGUACGGCGACUUGGAGCCCCCGGUGGCCAACGAUAGGUCUCCGAUGGGAAAGCGAGUCCAGCUGAGAGAGUUCCGGCCCCACUCUACCAAAGAGGAAGUGGGAGGAAGCGCCUACAACCUACGGUCCCAGCGGCGGAGGCAGCCGCGGCUCCCGGACGCCGGCGAGAUGAAGACGCGAAGCGCCGCGCGCCUCCAGCCGGAGAGCUCACCGCAGCCUCCCCUGCAGCCGGCUAUGGCCCCGAGACGGUUUCGGGACUCUCACUCCUCUGAAGGUGAGGCGGACGGAGAGGAAGAGCUAUCUCUGCAAACUGAUGUAAGCCAAACAGUCUCAAAGAAAACUGUCAGGAGAACACAGGAGAUUUCGGUGAUGGGUGAAGAUUCUCUACUUGGCCUGUGUAGACCCCCUCUAAGAAGUCCACUAUCUGAUUCAUCAUACAAAACAAAUGGAAGUACUGAAAAGAGUGAAUUAGAAGCCACCAGUGUCCCACAGAAGGUCAAUUUCUCCGAAGAAGGUGACACUGAAGAAGAUGAUCAGGACAGCUCUGACAGUGCUGUUAAUUCUUAUAAGGACAGAUCCAAGAAGUCUCUUGACUCUGGAGAUCAAACCAGCAGACCAAGUCAAUAUCUAGAAUCAUUUUGGCAGUCAUCUCAAAGUAAGGAAAGUCAAGACUUCACAGCUUUUAAUAAGCAACAUUCAGUGCCAAGCCCAGGAUAUCAAAGAAACCUUCAGCUACGUGUUGACCAAACCACAAGAAUAAGGAAGACGAUGCCAAAUAACAGCUUCCAGAAAUCAGAGUUUGGAAACCAGUCUUCAUCAACCUUCAGCCAACACAUGACUGGACAACCCAAAAAUGCAUCUUUUGUCAAGUGGGACUGGUGGUGGAUAUUUCCUGUGCUCUUCAUUCUUGUCCUUGGGAUUUGGUGGUACACUCGUAUUCCUCAGGUAGAAAGCACUGCUGUGCAAGAGUUCCAGAACCAGAUGAAACAACUUAUGACGAAGUACCAAGGUCAGGAUGAGAAGCUGUGGAAAAGGAGCCUAACAUUCCUGGAAAAACAUCUCAACAGCUCCAAGCCUCGUCCUCAGCCUGCUAUACUGCUGCUGACCGCUGCCCGUGACGCCGAAGAAGCUCUCAAGUGCCUGAGUGAGCGAAUCGCCGACGCCUAUUCGUCCUCCCGCAGCGUCCGCGCCAUCCGGAUCGACGGGACGGGCAGGGCUACCGAGGACAGUGAUGCUGUGAAGCUAGAGGUGGACCAAGAACUGAGCAAUGGAUUCCAAAACGGCCAGACCGCAGCCGUGGUGCACCGCUUCGAGUCCCUGCCCGCAGGCUCCACUCUGAUCUUCUAUAAGUAUUGUGACCAUGAAAACGCGGCCUUCAAAGAUGUAGCCUUAGUCCUGACCGUCUUGUUGGAGGAGGAGACACUUGGAACCAGUCUAGGCCUAAAGGAAAUUGAAGAAAAAGUGAGGGAUUUCCUCAAAGUCAAGUUCACCAACUCUAACACACCCACCUCCUACAAACAUAUGGACCCAGACAAAUUGAGUGGCCUCUGGAGCCGCAUUUCCCACUUGGUCCUGCCUGUCCAGCCUGAAAAUGCCCUGAAAAGGGGAAUCUGCUUAUAAGCGAUGACAGAAGAGAAAUCAUGUCCCAAGUUCUGAGAAUUUUUUGGACUUUGUAACCAGAGAUAGAAUGCAUCUUUGUGAAAGAACUGUUGUCUUUCUAAAGGAAGUAAAAGUUCUAAAUCAUUUCUCCAAUCUGUUACCUGUCGUUUGAGAGAAACAUUUUCCUGUUUCCAUUAGAUUUGUAUUACUGGUAUCAGAGAACUGUAAGUUAGAUGCAAUCCCACAGAGGAUGGUUUUAGAUGCAGCUGAAACAUUAUUACUAUGGAAUGACAGUGGGAAGGACUAGAAAAUCCUUCCUGCGCAGCUUUCCUAUUUUUAACGUAGACUUUUUACAGUUUGUUUUUAGUAAGGCAGCUCCCUAAAUGCAACUGUGGGUUUCCCCACUUUGUUUUUCUUUUCCAUCAUUUGGGUGUGAGUUCCUUAGCUUCUGCUUAUAGGAACAAAAAUAACGAAAGGUCAUCUGAGUGUGUGUUUGGGUUUUGGGUUAUUUUUUUCUUUGAUUUGGGAGGGUGGAAAGGAGGAGGCAAGGGAACAGAAUUUGUGGAUUGGGGAAGGAAAGGAGGG